AGUUGACGGAACAACAGAAACCAAUGCCACAACAUCAGGAAACGAAACAAACACAGUGUCAGAAACAAAACCUGCAGCAGCGACAGCAAGACAGCAGCCCAACGCAACAAGAGCAAAACCAGCCAGUACCGUUGCAGCAGCAACAGCAGAUGCAGCACAACUGCGAACAAGAACAGGUCAAUACUAAAAACCAACCUCAGCUACAUCCACCAUCUCAGCCUCAACAGCAACAGAAUUAUUCACAAGUGGUGCAGCAGCAACAGCGCAAUCAACAGCAGGUAAGGGUCAAUCAAGUCCAAAGCAACCUGCCGAAGAAAUCCAAGAAGCAAGUCAAGAGAGAGCAGAGGCUCCGAGUAUUGCAGGAGCAGCAACUUGCCAAGAAUGCAGAGCGCGACGAGCAACACCCGACUCAACAGCAUCCCCGACAUCCGCGCCAAGAACAAAUGCAGCAGCCGACAAAUCAAGUGUCACAGCCACAGCCCCAAGUCAUCGCGCUGAAAGAGCAGCAGCAGUCCAAGAAACUCCAAGAACAGGAGACACUAAAGCCUGGACGGCAGGAACAGCUAGGACAUCCCAAGUUGGAAAAGAAAAAUCAGCCAACGUUGCAACAGGCUCAACACAAUCAGCCGAAUGCAGAUCAAGACCAGAAAGACAACAAAAGCAAACAGAAUCCUCCCAAACAGACACAUGAGCGCGAGAAAGCUCCCAAGAAAAAAACAGUGAAUGUGGAGCUCGCGGCAACGUACAGGUCCAAGCAAAAUUCAAAUUCGAAGGCACAAAACAGUUUCCCACGAAAUGUUGUCAGAACACAGGGAAAACCUGUACCGCUGAUGGGUAUCAGUUUUCCCCGUCAGAAAAGCAAUCUCCCUCAAGAGCCAUCGGCGGCAUUUGUACAAACGGCCACUCAGAGCGGGAUGCAAAAUCAGAAGAAGCCCUUCCUCACAACUUCGUCUAAACCAGGCACGCCAACUCCCCAAUCAGAACAGGAUCCCCGGGCUGCUGUUAUUUCCUCGCAGAUAACCUUCCAGUGCCCUCAGGAAUUUAGGAACGAGGCAUCUCAGAAGAUGUUUGAUCACAAAGAGACGUCGACCGUACCUCGAAAGCAAAGAUCCAGAACGGUCUCCAGCGUGGGUCCUAAAGAGAAGUCCUGCCAGUGUGGCCAUCAGAAACAAGACAAGAUGAGAAGUCCAGAUCGAGAAAAGCUAGAGCAAGAUGAAUCACAAAAGAAACUGCUGCUGGAGCAAUCUUCCCAGCAACAGCAACAUCAGCGAGAGCUGAAGCACACUCACCCGAACCAAGAACAGAGACAGCAGAAAAUAAAACAAAAUCCCCCGAAGAAGCAGAAGGAGCGUGAACGUCAACAGCAAUAUCAACAGCAUCAGCAGCAAGGACAAAAACAGCAAGAGGAGUUCGCCUCAGAGUCGGCAGCUCCUGUUGUUGCUAAGGGACGGGCCAAACUGAAAGCCGUCCAUGAAUUCCAACCGCACCCCCCGGCGUUCGCCGCGAGUGCAGCGGCAUUCCAGGCCCAGCUUGCUCUCACGCAACCUCCUCAAGCACCGCACACUGCUCGAAAACAUAAGCCGGUGGCGGGGGACGCAACCAUGGAGAUGUUCAAAAGCUUACAGGUCCAAGACUCUAGCGUGGCGGCGCAGGCCAACAGCGAUGCCCAUCCUAAGUCAAAAACAGACGACUCCAGGGCCGCAACGCAACAAAGUGUCGCUCCCUGGGCCGUGGUGUACAACAAGGUUUCCGAUGAGGACUUGCUGAGUGAACCGUCGGCAGUAGACACAGGCAAAAAGGAACGCCGUGAGGGUCACGGAUUUUUCUCUAGGAUAUUCGGCAAAAAGUCUAAAGCACUUAAAGCAAAGAAGGUGCCCUCCUUGGAGAUCGAACAAUUGUCGGACUGCAUGCAAGGCCUGAAGAUUGACUCGUCAUCUCCCAUACAGGAUGUCGAUGUUCAUGGAGAAAGCGAUACCGAUCAUAGCUGUUCGGACACAGAGGUGCCACCCUCCAGCCCGGCAGACGAUGAGGGGUCCGAUUUGGCUGAGAAAUCAGAUGAAUCUUCUGACCUAGAACCCCCCAGCUGCAUGGAGGCCUGGGAGAUCGCCGACGAUGUGGUGGAGAAGGCGUUGUGCCUUCUCCCGAUCCAAGUGGGCACUGUGCACUCGCGGCGAUUCACGGCCCCGGACUGUCCCUUCGAGCCGGAGCUGGUCCAGCGGCUGGUCUCGGACGCCCUGGAGGCCAAGAGGGGGCUGAAGCGUAUCAAAGAGAGCCAGGCGCUGCUGGAGACCUUCCGGGACUGCCUGCUGAAGUUCUUCGAAGGGAAGGACGUCGGCGACGUGCUGCCACCUUGCAAUCACGCACCGGGGUCGCAUCAGUGUAGCAUGCAGCCGGUCAUUCAACCACUCUUGGGUAUCAUCCGCCAUGUUCUUCAGGAAACAAAAGCAAUUGGUGGGCCAAAAAUGGAAGCUGGACAGCGACUGAACAAAGAUGGAAAAAGCCAGGCAGAGCCUGGAGAACUGCGUCCCAGGCGCUACAUAAAAAUCAAAAGGAAACUUACAGCAACGCAGGCAUUUCGGGCACCGACGAAGCUCUCGGUCCGUUUCUGCAACGCCUGCGCAGACACCAAGCAGCCAGACGGCCAGCCGCUGCUGAGCUGCGGCAGGUGCCCAGACGUCUUCUACUGCAGCCGGGAGUGCCAGAAUGUGGACUGGAUCACUCACAAGUUCACCUGCCCGGGAGGCGACCGGCGCUCCUAUUGCAAACACCAUGGCACGUAGACGGUCAGCAGCAAAGGAAUCUCAAGAGAGUUCCAAAGGAACCCCUAAAGCCCAGUUUUCCAUUAUAAUGGUCGUAACGAACGCCGACAAGAUAUAAAGACGUGAACAGUCACGGAAGAGACGGUGUGUAACGUCAUUCCACCCCUAAAUUAAACAAAAUGGCGUCUGAAACGCGGAAACUUUUCGCAAAAAAUACAUUCUUAGGGUGGUGUACGGCCUCUUGAAGUCAAUCUGUUACUCUAGUUUGAUAUUUUGUUUACGGACAGCAAUUUUGUUGAUGAUUUGGACGUCAUAUGUUACUUACAUGGAGAAUAUUGGCAAUACGAGUGGUAGUAAGAGAGCGAGACAUCAUUGCACGCCGAUCAUGCCAAGCGUGCUUGUUUUAAAAGCCUACUCUGGCGACCUGCAGUCGGCAAAGUUGAAUCAAAUUCAACUUUGCCAAUUGUCACCGUCCCUGUUUGCAUUAGUGAAGAUAAAAGUGUUUCCAUAUGAUUGCGUAUCGUCCGAAACCAAUCGGCAAUGCUUUGUGUGUGGCUUCAUCCCGAUAUGAAACCAGGCUUUACCGGUUAAACGAGAUUGUAAUUUUUGUAGUUAAAAAGCACAAGUAUAUCAGCCAUUGUGAAGCCUGCAAGGCGUCAUCUUUUUCAACGGUUUGUCAUGUUCCGAUUCAAUUGGAUAAAUGUAAUUUCGUAAAACAUAAACAAAACAUCACUGCGUAAUUAACACGUUUUGAUGUCAAGAUAACAUUCUCACAAAAGAGAGAACACAACCCGAAUCCAAGGUUGUUGGGGAAGGACGAAUUCACUUUCGCGUUUUUGUUUUAUUAUUUGGACUUGGAACCAUAGUCCGUGUUAUAACUGAAUCAUUAAUCAUUUAUCGCCCAUCUCCACAAGCAGAGAAGCUAAGCCAGGUGAGAGAAACCAUGAACUAUGCAGCCAAGGACAAAAGGAUUAUCCCUUUUCCCCCCAACUUUUUUCACUAACGCACAAAAUCUACUCUUUCCCUCAACCGACCCUCCCCCAUGCUCCCCCAAAGAGCAACAUGGCUGAGUUUGAACUUGCGUGGGCAUUGGCUAAAAACUGAAGUGUUGAAUCCAGUACUUACAGGAGUUGAAUUAGUAUUUAGAACACUGAAGGACCAGUUGAAAUAUUGGGUUUUAACACUGAAUGUUGGAUUUAGCACUUCCAAAGACUGGCUGCAUGGCCCCUGUCUGCGCUUGAGUUCCACUUUUUAUGCAGCCGGACAUUUUGUCAAAUGUUGGGGAUACCUAGGCUACCAUUUAUUUUCUUCCAUGUAUUGUGCCAUGUUUGCUUUCUGGCCUGUCUUGAUGAAUAGGACUUUUGAAGUGGAAGGUCGUUGGUUCGAGUCCCACCCAAGUAAACGUGCUAUUUUUUUGCAAGUUCUCGGGCAAACCCUGAGAUAUCAGUAUUACAAAUACACGUCGAGGUAUGGGCAAAACCCGUUAUUAAACCAUGUCUAAUGCAUGCACACGGAGCUACAUGUAUACACAGAACCAUGGAACCGGAACUCAACGCGUCAGCUUGGGUGUUCCCUAGUCGACCCGGAUAUCCGAGCAGUGGUCACGUGUAAGGUACAGAUGGCGUCGAGUAGCCUGGAGCAAUGCCCAGUUGACCGAACACUGAAAAAUACGCAUUGCGUGGUGAACAAAAAACCUCGCCACGUUUUAUGUUGAUUAGAUUCACGUUCAAAUUCAAUUACCGUUGAACUGAAGUGACGUCACACUUUCCGAACCGGAUAGCGCACACACCCAUCCCCGUGCACAUUUCAAAGAAACACUUCUGGUUCGAUUUUUUGGGGGCCUCCAAAUAAUACCUGUGAUCUAUCCCAUGAAACAUAGCGUGCUAUGCAUGUUUAUAAUUUUAUAAUUUUCCAGGUUUUCAGAGUAUCGCUAAAUAGGUUAAAACCAUCGAAAUUUUUUGUUUAACAUCCCUGGCGUUAAUGUGAAAACAGUGGUCUUCGCGAAAUGGCCAGUAACAGUCGUGACACGACAGCAGUCGUGACUCAAGUCUCUCGUUCAGUGUUCAACAUAAGAACGCAGUAAUUAACUUGAAACUCCCGCCAAAGAGCGGAGUAAACUCUAAAUCUCAGCCUCGGCCCCAGAGAAACGUUUGAGGUCUCACCGCGCUAUCUGUCCCUGCUCAGACUGUUUCAUAGGCUCACGCGUGUAUGUAUUCCGAGCCGCCCUCUGCAGGCUCACCAUUUGGGAGGAAGUGGGGACUCGACCUUCUUUGCAGUUCUUGAAAAGCAUUGGGUAUAA